AUGCAUAGACACAAUUUAUCGGCGACUUCUAUCCGCAAGAAGGUUUCUUUCGACCUUGCAGACUUAACAGAUGAUUCAGACCCCGACGAUUAUCGAGACGACUACAAGUCUGACUGGUCACCGCGAUCCGUCAUCAGCGGCAUUACGCCGCGCAGGCUGCGGAAAUAUGUUAUAGCUUCUCUUGUUUUACUCAUUAUACUAUACAUCACCUUUCAUCGAUCGCAACCGCCUCGAGGCCUAUCACCCUAUCUCAAUUAUGAAGCUAUCGAUUGGACGCAAUAUGCUUAUACGCAAUAUGUCACCGAUGAGACGUAUUUGUGUAAUUCAGUGAUGGUGUUUGAAGCGCUAGAUCGAUUGGGGAGUCGCGCGGACAGAAUUCUGUUUUAUCCGAAAGGUUGGGAUUUGGAGGUGAACUCUGAGAAUGACCGGUUGAGCCAGUUGUUGAAUUUGGCGCGCGAUCGAUACAAGGUUCAACUUGAGCCGGUUACGAUGGAUAGUCUUCAUCAACACGAGUCGGAGGAUCGCGCUACGUGGGAUGAAAGCAUCAACAAGUUAUGGGCUUUCCGGGAGACGACCUACCGCCGCAUUCUACAGAUCGAUUCAGACACCCUUAUUCUCCAGAACCUUGACGAAUUGUUCUUUCUUCCAUCUUCCACCGUCGCCAUGCCACGAGCGUAUUGGAACGAACCCGAAAAUAUGAAGCUUACUUCUCUCCUGGUGUUACUGGAACCCUCGUAUAAGGAAUGGAAGGCGUUAAUGGAAAAGGUGCAAGGAGUGGAGGCUGGUCAACUUGGCACGGAUAGGGACGAAUCGCAUGAAUUAUAUGACAUGGAAUUGCUUAAUGAACGAUAUGGUGGAUCGGCGCUCGUUCUUCCACAUCGACAGUACGGCCUAGUGACGGGAGAAUUCCGCACAAAAGAUCACCGCAAGUUUUUGGGAAAUGACUACGAGACAUGGAAUCCUGACAAGGUUCUCAGCGAGGCUAAGCUGGUCCAUUUCUCUGACUGGCCAUUGCCCAAACCGUGGGUUAUGUGGCCUCAUGGACAGCUCGCAAAGAUGCAACCCGUCUGUGAUCAUAACCCCGGCACGCCUCAGGAGAGCGGCUGUCGCGACCGCGAAGUGUGGAAACAACUCUACCAGGAUUUCAGAUUGAAACGAAAGGAGGUAUGCAAGAUGCUUAGUUAUCUGGCUCCGGAAUGGCCACCACGGCCGAAAGAUAUGUCAAAUUUGCCGAAUCAGCCACCUCCUCAACAACCUCCACAAGCACCGUCGGUUGACUAUGAGGUGGAUGUGAAUGCAAACAUUGAUGCAACGGCAGAUAGCAAUGCAAAGGUAGAUGCUAUUGCGAAGGCAGAAGUGGAUGGGUGA